AAAUUUCGGUAAGAAUUUUUCUAUUUUUAAUUGAUCCAAUGCGUUGAACAAUUCCCAGCCGGAAGGAAUGGCUAUAAUCACCAGUGGGCGAGGGUAUAACGGGAAUGUAAUCUCUCAGCCCCGUUAGACGAGGCAGUUGGCACAAACGACCAAGAAUUGGUCGACCAAAUCGUCUGUCUGUUCCCUUUCAGACCGUUGUUGAUUACCAAAUCCUACAGCCCUGUCAUCGAUUCAUUGCGGAUCGUCUAAUUUCCUCUCUUCCUCCAAAUCCUUUGCUUUCGAUUCCUUUCCUAUACUCAUCCAAUAGCCUCCUCGACAAGCUAGGGUUAGGGCGAGUCGCCAGUUAACCUCCACAGAAUUUUUCCGUUUACGUAAGAAGUAAUUUGAUGAAUCCAUCGCUGCCCAAGUUCUCAAUUUUGGCCUUGUUAUGUCUUGCUGUUGCCAUUUGUGGUCUCUGCUUGCCGAUCGCGCAAUCCAAGCCUGAAGAUGGAGUCGUGAUUCAGCAAAUCACUAGCAAAGAGGGCGGCGGCGGCGGCGGGUGCGCUGGAGUCACCGCUCCAGCGUCAUGUCCAAUCAAUUGCUUCCGCGUCGACCCCGUCUGCGGUGUCGAUGGAGUGACAUACUGGUGUGGGUGUGCUGAUGCUUUGUGCGCUGGUACUCCGGUCGCUAAAUUAGGGGCUUGUGAGCUGGACAAUGGUGGCAACGGUUCUCUUCCUCGUCAGGCGCUUCUUUUGGUCCAUAUUCUCUGGCUCAUAUUACUCGGUUUUUCUUUGCUAUUUGGUCUUUUCUAAUUUGAAAGAAGCAAAAUUUAUCUUUCCUUUUAUUCUUUUGCUGCUGUUGUAUGAGGCCGGUUUGGCAUAGUUAGACAUUGUGCGAGAGAUUUCUUUCAUGUAUGUGUAGUAGAAAUUCUUGAAUUAAUAACAACUGCAAUAUGAUUCUUUGCA